AUGGCGUCAGAGUGCGGUUAUAACGACGAGCCUCCUCGUGACAGCGUCUCCGGACUUCAGCGACAGGUCGCGCGUUUGGAAAACCGCAUAGCAAAUCUGAUAAACCCUUCUUUCACUCCUGUUACCUUACACGAUCCAUACGAGAAAUACCAUCAGCUGCAGGCCCACAGUCGCGCUUCCUCGCAGAGUCAAGAUCUAACGCACGAUCAGACACCCGUGCAGACUCCAAUGCAGCGCCAGCCUUUAAUACAACGUCAGUCUCCAGUGGAAGAUCAUUACCUCCCGGAGCAAUCUCUGCAGGCGCUGUUCAAUUCCUUUACAAAUCACGCUGUCGAAUUUGGGUUCUUUCUACAGAUGCCACGAUUUUUGCAAGCGCUACCGCAGCCUAGACAGGCAGAUCAAACCGACCAUACCGUCGCCCUGCUCAAUGCAAUUUAUCUCGUGGGUGCUUACUUUUCCAACGACCCGCACUUGCACGGGCUACAAGCGGAGUUGUUCCUCCGCGCGUCGGAGCACCUUGCCGUGAGCCUUAUCAAUUCCACGUCCACGGCAGUCAUGCACGCGCUGCAAGCUGAGGUGCUCCUGGCGAAUUAUUGCUUCUCGAAUAAUCGCACACUCGAAGGCACAUACCAUGCAAACGCGGCUGCUUCUAUGGCGCUUGCGUGCAGGCUCCAUAUGGUCCGGAGCUCGCGCAUCCUUCAGAACAGCGCAUUGCCGAUGGAACUGAAUGCGCAAUACCGACUUGCUCCGCCCGUCAACGCCGCCGAGGAGGGUGAACGCAUCGAUGCCUUUUGGACUAUCUACGUGCUCGACAAGUCCUGGUCGCUUGCGCUGGGCUACGAUUCAGUCUUUGCAGACGACGAGCAGAAGGGGACAGAGAUCGAUGUGCCAUGGCCAUCUGUUUCUUAUGAGAAUCGACAGAUGCCUGCAGGUCUGCGUACAGUCAAGACAUUUGUAUUCGGCGCCCAUGAUUUAGACUCCGAGGUCUGUCUGCUGGCGCUUCAAGCGAAAGCAAUGGUACUGUUUGAGUACGCCACCCGUGCCGCAAACUUUACUGCGACCGGCACUGGCUAUUUGUCUCCGGAGGUGCUGCAGAUUGACCAACGCAUUGAACAGCUCAAACAGUCAUUGCCUGCGAUACCCGCCACGAACUCGGGAUAUGCCUGCCUGAUCCCCAAGCUGCUGCUGAUCCACAUGCUGGCACAUUGCGCGACGAUCCAACUGUUCCGCAUCCAGGGAGGCACAAUUGCAAUUAGCCCGGACAGCAAGGCCAUGAGAGCGAUCAGCUCUGCGGCAAGCUUGUUGCGAAAUGUUGAUUAUAGCAGGGUCCAGCAUGUAGAUGCGUUUCUAGGAGUGGGUUUAAUCGUGCACCUUUGCCGUGAUCCCAACCUCACAACAUACAAUUGUCAGGCAUUGCUGUUGACAAUUUCCCGCGCCAUCAGCGGUGCACUGUCGGCUGUCAGGAACGCGGUGGCCGCCAUGCCACCAGAUGCGGCGCGGCCUCUCAUUGCAAUGGGAGCGAGAUUGACGGAACAGCUCAGGGUGAUUGUGGCCGCCCUGGGAGCAUGGGGUGUUAUAUCCCCGUUCAUGAGGCAUCAGCAAGGAAUGGUCGAGCAGUUGCAGACUGCCUCGACAGUCCAGAGCAAGGGCUGCCAUCCCGGGAUCAACGACUCCUGUCGGCAGUAUCAGUCUCUCAUAUGCCUCAGUGGCAAGGUCGCCGUCUCCACCCCUCCAGUCGACAAGAAUACCAAACGGAAGCGCGUGGCCUUCUUCGCAGCAUGGGCUUUCAACUUUCAUUGGUACCGACGAGUCGAUGACAGCUGA